UAAAAGGGCGUUAUAUUAUGAGAACCAUCUGCGGAGAUAGCUCGGUUUGGAGACUGCGUCAAACCGAAGAGCUGAAGGCCGCGUGUCCGUUCCACUCUCACCAUACUGACUCAAAUUGGCCUUUUUCUAGAAACAUUUUCUGAACAACAGUUGGGCUACUGCCACCUUAAUCAAAACCUGUGCAACGUGGAGACAGAUCUUUGCUUGUGGCAGUUCCAGCGCUGACAAUGCCGGUCGUUCAAAAUUUAAGUCGGCCACUACAGACUUGAGACUUUCGAAUUCUUGAGAAAAGAAAAGGCAAAAAAAAAAAAAAAUGGCGGAUCGUUUCUUUCCAAACGUAUUGCCAGACUUGGUAGCCGAAAAAAUGGAACACAAAGAAGAAAUUGGAGAAACUCUGAUGAAACUCCUCUCCAUGCCCUACUCUUCUCUCUCUCAACAUUUCAAACGCACCGCUUUGGACCUCAAAGAGACCAUAACGCUGGAAACGUGGGGGAUAACUGGCCAAAAUGUGUCAGAUUUUACUCUCUAUUGUGGCACUCUCGGCUCCGCUUUCUUACUCUUCAAAUCCUUUCAAGUUACCAACAACACCAACGAUCUUUCCCUCUGCUUAGCCAUCGUUGAUGCUUGCAACUCCGCUUCCUUGUCUUCUCGAAUUAGGGAUGUAACCUUCUUAUGUGGUCGAGCGGGUGUUUGUGCUCUUGGUGCUGUAGCUGCAAAGCAUGCUGGAAGUCAAGAAUUGCUUAAUCACUACUUAACCCAGUUUAGAGAGAUUAAGCUCUCAAGGAAUCUUCCUGAUGAGUUAUUGUAUGGAAGAGCUGGGUUUCUUUGGGCUUGCGUGUUCUUGAACAAGCAUCUUGGUGAAGGGACUAUUCCUUCUACAGUUACACGUGCAGUUGUUGAUGAGAUUAUCAAGAACGGAAAGGCGUUAGCGAAGAAAGGAGGAAGUCCUUUGAUGUUUGAAUGGUAUGGAGAAAAGUAUUGGGGUGCUGCACAUGGAUUGGCAGGUAUUAUACAUGUUUUAAUGGGCAUGGAGUUGAAACCAGAUGAGAUUCAGGAUGUAAAGGACACUCUUAGAUACUUGAUUAGGAAUCGAUUCCCGAGUGGGAACUACCCUGCAAGUGAACAGGAUAGAAAGAGGGAUGUUCUUGUGCAUUGGUGUCAUGGAGCUCCAGGGAUCGCCCUCACUUAUGUCAAAGCUGCUGAGGUCUUUGUAGAUGAUGAAUUUCUGGAAGCAGCUGUGGAUGCAGCAGAGGUGGUGUGGAACCUUGGGUUGCUGAAGCGAGUUGGAAUUUGCCAUGGCAUUAGUGGCAAUGCUUAUGUUUUCCUCUCACUUUACCGAAAAACGGGCAAGUUAGAGUUCUUAUAUAGGGCUAAAGCGUUUGCUUGCUUUCUGCUUGAUCGGGCUCACAAGCUUAUAUCCAAGGGAGAGAUGCAUGGAGGUGACAGACCCUAUUCCCUGUUUGAAGGGAUUGGGGGUAUGGCAUAUCUUUUCCUAGACAUGAUUGAGCCUUUGGGGUCCAGAUUCCCAGCAUAUGAGCUCUAAGUUGUAGAGUAAUAAAAUAAGUGUUGCUUGUCUACUUACCUGGAAGAUAUCUGUACUUGGAUAAUGAGUUCAUAUCAAUUACAAUGAAUUAUUUGCAAUUACGAAAUGUGCUGAAGCAUCGAUAAGUAUGUCAUUAUUUGGGCUUUAUAUAGGUCACAUGAUGAAUGGUUAAGGGUUAAAUGAUUGUGUAAUUGUAGUGAAAAUAAUUGCGAGUGAUGUGAACCUGAUAGUGUUAUUGUAUUUCCACCCUAAUUCUUGAUUACCUCAAAAUAGGAAUUCUAGUGGCAGUUCCCAUCUUCCGCCCAAAUUAGUACUUUUUUUUUUUUUUUUCUUUUUGGAUUGUAAUUGUUGUUACUGGCUACUGUUGCAACAAGUAAGUCCAAAUGCACCAGAAACCUGG